AUGUACGUCAACACCGAAGCCAAGCCCGGCUCGCCGGCGCUGCGCAUGCUGGGUCUGCCCAACCUCCCGCGCAAGCUGCCGUCGCGCAACUGGAUGAUCUUCUGGGCCGUCACCGGCGCCUUCACCACCGCCAUCAUCUACGACAAGCGCGAGAAGAAGCGCGCCACGGCUAAGUGGCGCCUUGCCGUCGAGCCGCUCUCCCGCGAACCCAUCGGCCAGGCCAGCCAGCUCCCGCGCAAGCUCACCAUAUACCUCGAGGCGCCCCCCGGUGACGGCCUCCGCAUCGCGCAGGACCACUUCAUCGAGUACGUCAAGCCCGUGCUGUCCGCCUCGGGUCUGGACUGGGAGUUUGUCCAGGGCCGUCAGCAGGGCGAUGUCAGGGCCGCCGUCGCGGAGAAGAUCCGCCGGUCGAGGAUGGCCGAAGAGCGGCCCGACGCGGAGCUCGCCAAGACGGAAGAGAGCAUGGUCACCGACCUGAGGAAACGAAUGGGCGUCCCCGAGUACGAGGGUGUCAAGGGCGACAUUGUCAUCGGGCGACACACAUGGAAGGAGUACAUCCGCGGCCUGCACGAGGGCUGGCUAGGUCCCUUGGAUGCGCCGCCCCAACCCGAGCCGCCGGUCGCCGAGACGAAGCCCGCGACCUCGGACGACGCCAGCUCUGAUGAAGCUACGACGGAGAAGAAGGAGGAAGAGAAGAAGGACGAGAAGCCAUCGCGGCCGCCGCAGCCGCUUCCAUACAACACCACAGACGACUACACCUCCGCAACCCUCCCCGUGCACAUCCCCUUCGAGUUCUCGCCCUCUACCCCCAUAGCCUUCCCACACCGCCUGGGCUUCAGGCACACCUUUGUCCGCCUCGGUCGCUUCCUCAACCGCCGCAAGCUCGCCGACAGCAUCGGCCGCGACGUCGCCGCCGUGUGCUUCGCCGCCGCGCGCGAGUACCGCGAGGCCGACGGCCAGUUCGAGCAGCAGCUCCUCCUCGAGCGCGAGGAGAGCGACUGGCCCAAAAGCACGUGGAAGGACGAGGCGCCCGCCGCCGAAGACGACGGGAAGCCUGCGGAGCCGCCCAAGGAGAAGAUCUGGACGUCGCCCAUUGUGCUGGACCAGCGCAUCAGGGAGCGCAUGCGCCGCUUCGAGAUCCAGCCCGAGGAUGAGGCGCGGGCCGCCAAAAUUGUCGUCCCCGAGGAGGAGAUUGAGGGCUGGGUCAAGGGCAGCCUGCGGAGCCUCUGGCGAUGGGGCGCCAGCUCCUUUGAGGGCAAGCCCAAGGGGCCCAACCUGGGCAACCUGGACGACGACUGA